CUAGGUGAACUUGAACAUCUCCACGGGGCCCAGGGGCGGCACAUAAAACGCCGGCAGCACAGGCAGGGCCAGGUUGGGCACACCACACACGGCAGGUGGCGGAUGGUAGUUGUUGUGGGGCGGGGCUGAGCAAAGGAGCGGACCACACAGACAGACAGACAGACAGGGAGAGAGAAGGGGAUGCAUAUGUAUGUGUGGGUAUGUAUUGUCCCCCCUCCCAGCUCCCUCGCUCCCUCCCUCCCUCCCUCUCUGUCUGUGUGUGUGUGCCUACGGAUGGCCUGCGGCCCGGGGAAGGCAUAGUGGUCCUGGGCGGCACCCGUAGUGAAGUUGAUGGCGGCGCCGAACUUGGCGGCCUCCUCCUCCAACAGGGCGGCCUCCACGACUGCACAUAGCACACAAAAAGAGGGGGAGAGAUGUAGUGAGCGAGGGAAUCCCCAAAGCUUUGUGUUCGUCCCUCACAUGCACAAGUGCGUUGUGGUGGACAGAUGGACGUGUCCAUUAGACGCGCCGGUUGGUCGUGGGGGUCCAU